GAGAUCAUGAAUCAGGCAGAUAAAAAUCAACCAGAAGUCCCACCCUACCUUGGUGAUGAACCACCGGAAGGUGCCACGAAGGGCCAUCCGCAGCAGCAGCCUGGCAUGUUGUCCCGUGUGACUGGAGGUAUCUUCAGUGUUACUAAGGGAGCCGUUGGCGCCACCCUUGGUGGUGUGGCUUGGAUUGGUGGAAAGAGUUUGGAGGUGACCAAAACAGCAGUUACAACUGUGCCUUCCGUGGGAAUAGGGCUGGUGAGAGGGGGCGUGUCCGCUGUGGCCGGAGGUGUCACAGCGGUGGGGUCUGCCGUUGUCAGCAAAGUGCCCUUAACGGGAAAGAAGAAAGACAAGUCUGACUAAGAUAAGGAGAUGCACCUGUUCUCCACAGCACUGUGACGCCAGUGGCAUUGAAUUUCUACGUUGUGGACUACAACCAGGUCACCUGCUUUGGACGCUUAUCUUCUAAAUUGCUGUGCUGAAAGUAUUGAUGACUGGCUGUCAGCUAAAGGGCCCAGUAUCAGCACAGUGUACGGAGGCUUCUCAUGCUUAAGUUCCAGCUUUUAUCUGGUAAAAUGUUAAACUUACUUAGUUGUAACGGGAGAUAUGGUAUGUUUGAAUAUUUCUCAUAAGUCUUUCAGUUUGACUAAAAUGUGAAAGUUGAAUUUAGUAGAUGAUCUUUACAGUUCCAUUUGUACAGUGUGCCAGGUAACUCAUGUGCCCCUUCCCAAGGGAAAACUGUACCUUUGAUGUGCCUAAUAGUUUCAGAUGUCUUAGUUUUUUAAAACAAUAGUUGUGCAGGCCAAGAGGCAUUCUUUUCCUAUUUAAACUGGCAAAAAUAGGAAUUGGAGAAGUGUAAAAGAAAAGUUAAAUGGUUUGAUAUGUUAACCAUCUUGUUAGACAUGCAUCCUGCUCAUUUAAUCAUUGAUGCCUUACAAAGGAAACACCUUUUCUUAUACCUUCAUAGUACAGUUCUUAGAAUUAUGUUUGUGUUCUCUUGAAGGUGGUGAAAUAGGUUUUCCCUCUUAAGAAUCUCAGGAGUGGGGUCCGUGGCUGAGAACAGUGCUUGUGAACGGUUAAGAGUCAGAUCGUACACUCAGACCCAUGUACAAGCUCACCAUUAACACACCUCACAGUGCCUAAGGGAUGGCUCCCAGCUGAGUUAGAAGGUUUCAUGUGGAGGAGGAACAAAUAUUGUUUCUAAGAAGUACUUAAUGCACACAGGAUGUAGAGUCCUUCACACCUAUUCUUUCAGUAAGAUGUCUUAAAUUAUCAGCAGUGCGCCCUUUUAAAAAUAAAAGAAACCAUAAACAUUUGAGGACUGACUUUCGAAUGGGCUCCAUAGAUCACUUUCGAAUGAAAAUAGGUUUGCUUUUAAUGAUUUCUGUAGGCUUCUAAAAUAUGUUGUCUUCUAGACAGUCUUGUACAGUAGCUGCGCACUGUGCUGCUUUCCAGCCACCUUCAGGCCGGGAACUGGAGUUGUGAUUAGUGUUUCAGCAAGCUGCCAUCCAGGCGAGGCUCGUCCAUUCCCAGGACCAGGACUUGGGUGGAGUUGUUUUGUGCUCAGCUUCACGAGCAUGCUGACAAGUGACAUAUGUAUUCAGCAUUCCGCUUUCACCCGAGGGUUAUAGCCCAGGCUUGGAGUUGUGCACAUUCUCUCCCCUCCAAGGAGGAAGCAAGUGGCCUUGGCCUGCUGUGGUUCGGUCGGGACCCAGUGUGCGGAAAUUCACAUAGAACACUCCAACACCGAGGCGGAAAGGCUCAUUUGUACACCAGUGGAGUACUGCAUUAAUACUGUGGAUUAGCAGAUGGGUAAGAUGAUAACCUUUGAAAGCUCUCCUGAAGACCAACAGGGACUUUGAGGAUACCUCCAAAAGUUCUGGAACUUUUCUGCUUCCACAAAACUGAAAAAUUCAUGAAGGGGUUCAAUUAAAUGGGUCAUUUAUUUCAUGUGAUAUAUUGUUGAUUUAUUCUGGUCAAAUGUUUUAAUUAUCAAAGGGCAUCUUUUUCAAAGACUUCAGAAGUAAUAGUUGAACACUAAAUUAUCUAAAUAACGGUAUUGGAGAACUUGUUUCCUAUUUUGAAGAAAUGACUGCUCUAUCGCUAGUUUGUAUUUCUGACUUACCUUUCUCUACUCAUAGGCUCUGCUGUGCUUUGUACCCGAGUUUCUUCUAAGUAUAACUUUGGUUUACUGUGUGCUUGCCUAUUUAUAUUUUCAACUUUGCUUGUCCUUACAAUUGCUUGAGGAAAAAUGGCUGUAAUUUCUGCUGCAGACAAGCCACCUGCUACCUUUUGUCUCAAGACUGCUUGCAGUUGGAAGGUGCGGUAGUGGAGAAGGGCAGUAGAGGCUCCUGGAAUGGGUGUGGCUUCCUGUCCUGCGCCUUCCCAGUUGUGUGGCGGGUACAAUGGACGGCCUUGCUUCCAGAGCCUGAGGCGGACACCUGGAGGCGGCUGUGGCUCACUGCUUCCUGAGUGGGUUUCUGUCCCACGAGGCUGUGCCUGGGCCUGAUCCAAUGAUGGUGACAUUACAAAUCUGUACUAGUGAGAGAUGUUAGGGGAAACGAUUGAAUGCUUUUUCUGUGUUAAAGGGAUGGGUAAAAAA